AUGGAGGCCGAGGGAGACCAUGUGACGGAUGGCCUGACCCAUCUGAUUUGCUCCAAGUACCACUUUAAAAGAAAGACCGUUUUAGUUGCUUCCGCCUUGAAAUGGAAGAAGAAGAUCGUCUCCUACGACUGGCUUGAGGAUUCAUUGCUGCGUCACAGCAAGCAGAGAGAGGGCACGUACCAGCGCACGAAUAACAGGAUUGAAGGGACAGAGACGAGCGAAGGAAGCGAAGUCACUGAAGGCAGAAGACCGAUUCCCCUAGAAAAGCGGUUCAACGAUGGCAUUAAGGAUGCCAAGAGAGACUUGGUGUCAAGUACGUCGGAGUCUCUCUCGUCGUCGCCCACAUCGGCCGUCGAAUCCCUCGCCCGGGCCCGUCAAAUGAGGGCGUUAGUAGAGGGGAAGCCCUCGCCCAGGAAGAGAUCGAAAGCUGACGGAUGGCGUGCUGCCCCAGACAAUCAUCACAUCUACCAAGACGCUAGCGGCUUCAGUUUCUACUGCUGCCUCGUGAAUUCCGACGUGACGACAAACGAAACCGAGAAGUCUACGAAUCCCACAUCCUACCACACGCUUCCAUCGGACUUUCCGUCUCAAGACGCGACUGGAGUGGGCGAAGCGCUUGGGAGGGCGGGAGGAAAUCAGGGCGUUGAUCCGGUCGCGGACGAGCGUGCAGGAGGCGGAGGAGGGGUAUCGGGCGUGGUCGUAUGUUCCGCCGAAGGAGGGGAGCCGAGGGGGAUGGAGUUGGGGAUUGUGGAGAGGAAGGUGGAGGUGCGGGAUGAGUCGGAGAUGCCAGAUGUCUCUGAUGUCGAGGUUGUCAGAGCGCUGUCGCUCAAGUCUGACACGCCGUCGAGCCUUGAUCUACCUUUCUGA